UGUAGAUUUCUAGAUAUAAAUUACUUUUUGAUUUUCAUUGAUUUAUUUAUAAUGAAGUUUGUGUAUUAUCAACUAUUUCCUCUGAUGUUUCCGUAUAUCGCGUCAAGGCUGGAUCAAGGCCAAUGACCAUAGAAAUGUAACGUGUUGUGUUUAUGUGUGGUAGUUAAAAAUAUAGAAACGUUGAAGUGCUCGGAUAGAUAAAGUUCCAAAAUUUUAAUGCUACGUAAAUUUUAAGUGUGCAUUAUUCUGCAUGAAUCGAAAAAAGAUGUCAAGGGUGGCAAUUAUUGUAAUAUGUUUCGUGACUAUACAAUUGUCAUGGUGUCGUCUAGAUGACGAUACUCUUUCAUCUCUAAGAACUAAUUGUGUUAUUGGACACUGUUUCCAUCGGGGUGUAGAAGACUGUCCUAGUCCAGAAAACAAAUGCAGAUGUCAGAAGCUACAGUGCAAAAACGCCGCAGUCUGUUGUAACCUAAAUAAAUUUCAACUGAAGGAAGAAUUAGCAUGUGCAAAUAUAAGUGGUAGCGGACACGUGGAAGCACUGCAUAUCAGAAAUGCUAGUCUGACCACACUAAAUCUUGAAGAUUGGAGAAAACUAAAGUAUCUUCGAUAUAUGACUAUAACUGAUGGCCAGAUAAAUAGUGUUACUGGAGAAUUUGCAAAACACACCUCAGUAUCGUGUUUAAACCUAUCUUCUAAUGGAAUUAUUAACUUUGAAAACAGAUCGUUGGUUAAUUUGUACAACCUAAGUUUUUUGGAUCUCUCCCAUAACAAUUUAUCUGAUGUUCCUCGCUUUAAAAAGGAUGGAAAUGUAACCGUAGAUAUUUCAGCUAACAGCCAUAUGUUAUGUCCAAAUUUAUUUAAUGCCUUACAACGAACGGAAUUACAUUUUAGUAAUAUAAAUAACUCAUUUUGUAUAUUUACAAAAACAUUUCAGUGGUUUAAUUCGACUGAAUCUGUACCGCUGAUUCAAGUUAUAGAGAUAGAUAAGUUAAGAAAAGAUUGCCUACCAAAUUGUACCUGUGAACCUAAAAGACUGGAUAUCGUGUCUGGAAAGCAAGCGACUAUUAAAGUAGAAGUCAAUUGUUCAGGACAAAAUUGGAUAUCACUUCCACGGCCACUACCAGCUAACACGUUUGCGUUAAAUGUCUCAAAUAAUAAUAUUACAGGACUAGAAUUAUUUAGUAGCGAUCCAUCGUACCAAAACAUUCGAGAAUUAUAUGCGGACAAUAAUGAAAUUACUUCAAUACUGCCGCUCGAAGGAUCACAAUUUUUGAGCAACUUUGUCGUACUGAGUCUUCGCAAUAAUAAAUUAAAAUCGUUGCCUACAUAUAUUUUUUCUAAUAUACUGGAUCGUAAUAAUUUUCGAUCGUUACGGAUCGGUCUUAAUAGACUUCAGUGUGAUUGCAAUGCAGCGAAGGUUUUGAAGGUAUGGCUUUUAACAAAGCAAAAAAAUAUUCAAGAUUAUGACGAAAUUUAUUGUGAUAAUAUGGAUAUGAAAGUAAUAGACCUAAAUCCUUCUAAACUUUGUCAGAGUCAACAAGAUUGGACGGAUUAUAUAUAUUAUAUCAUCACUGCAGAGGUGGUGUUAUUUGCAGGUUUGAUUGCCAAAGUUGUUUAUGAUUACUAUGUUUUUAAAACAUCUGGAUAUCUACCAUGGCCAGCGAGUAAAAUGCCAAAGUUGCCAUGCGAUUGGUUGUGUGAAUAGAGCUAAUAAUAAUCAUUUUGUAACAAUGUGCCUGUUUUUUCGCUUUAUUAUGUGGUUGUGAAGUUUUUUUUUUAACAUUUAGUCUGAAUAGAUAGCUGCCACUUUUUGCAACUGUGUUCAUAUAUUCAGCUCCAAAUCUAUUUUUUUACCAAUGUUUGUGAAAACAUCUAGAUAAAGAUAAUAGAGAACUUUACUGGUCUUCAGACAAAGUGAUAGCUUAAAUUUUUACAGUCUGCAAAAAAAAGGUUAGUUCCAUAAAAUGUAUAAAUUUUUGAAAAUGUUUACAUUUAAGAAUUAACGACAGAUACAGGACCGUUAGAAGGAUGUCGUAUAACAGUUUUUUAAACAUAACAAUUUUUUAGUUCCUCUCUUUGGCUCCUUUUUGAUAUUUUUUGAGUCACGUAAUAAGGACUAUAACGCAAGGGAGAUUUUUUUGGAAGUUGCUUGGCAUUUCUUUGUGGCGUAGCAAAGGACCGAAUUAUUUAAAGAAUGUUUAUGUGAUCCUUUGAUAUUUGGGGGAAAAUACAUAUCCAGUUUUCAUUUACAAUUUCACUAUUUUGUAAUUUUUUAUUACAGUGCAAUUUAUGUGAUUUGGUCCGAUACGACUUGGUAUCUAAUUUUUUGGUUUCUUUCGUUUUGCUUUCCCUGUAUGUAAUUCUGUACACAAAUUUAGCUUCUAAUCAGUUUUACGUUUUACAAUUUUAUCAUCGUCUCUAACUAGGAAUAUCAGGGUGAUUCGGCUUAAAUGACAAGUGUAAUAUGUUUUUAGCGGAACCCAAAAUAAUUCAUUUAUUCCUUGUUUCUCUCAAAAAUUUCACAAAUUCACGAAGUCUGUGGUUUUUAAAAAUGUCAAAACAAAGUGUCUCUGUCACGUAUUACAUUUAAAAUGAAAGUUGAUGGAAAUAAUUCUCUGAAAAUGAGUUCCACGAAUCCAUCGUAGAUUUUCUUGUGGUAAAUUAUGUUUGUUUAUAUUACCAUUGUUGGAAAAUUGGCUUUCAUCACAAAUAAAAUGUUUGUGAAAAAAUUGGGAUCAUUUAGCAGUUGUUCCAGAACAAAAUUGCAAAGUGCUAAUCUUCCUGGAAAGUAAGUUAGUUUCUCGUAGUUCAUGAACUAACUGCUAUGUUACAAGUGAAACUUGUUAGCCUUUAACAUUUGGCAAAUACAAGAUUGUCCGUUGUCCAAUGUGAGGAUUUUCUAAAACAGUUUCCAAAACUCGGAUCUCGUUUUCCAAAUGUCUAGCGCUUAAAAACACUUUUUUGCACUCAUGAUCUUUUUUGAUGGCUUUCGUGCAUUCACCAGGGUGCGGGAGUUCGAACUUCCCGCACACGUGCAUUUUAACUUCCCGUUGCCAUGGUAACCUUAAAAUACUCGCGUAGUGUCAACAUUGUGAUGUGUUGACGGCGCCAUUGUUUAUAAAUAACUCACAGUUAAUUUCUUCAGUUUAAAGGUUUAUUCGUUGCAAAAAAUAUUGUACACAACACGUUCGUGAGCCUGCUUCCCGCAUUCACGCAAAUGCGGCACUCCCUUCGGUCGUGCCGCAAACAAGCGUUCAUGCGGGAAGCAGGCUAUCCCGAACUAGUUGUGUAAAUUACUAUUUCCGUUUACUGACAGGCCAAUCGUUUCGUAGUUUCAUUUCAAAUCUUUUGAACAUUUUAUCUAUUAUGUCUACGUUGGGAAUAUCUUUGAGCCGCAACCAGAGCAUUUUUUGACGCUCCCCAUAAAUUAAGAUCACGUCCAUUUUCUCGGUAUUGGUAAACGAAUAUCUUGGCAUUUUUGCAAAUAAUUUUCAACUAUGUACUCAAAAUUGACAGUGACAUAAAAUGCAAACUUGGAGUUAUAAUAUUUUUUAAAUUCUACUAUGAAUCAAGGAAUAGAAGAAAAAUGUAUUUUGGGGUGCCUGUCGGGUCAGAUCAAAUUCGUCAUUUACGCUGAAUCAUCCUGUGUAAAAUAUUAAAAAUUUGAACAUUGCCUUUGUUAGUAUGUUUCAUUUCAGUAAAACUACCAAAAAGUGUUCAUUGACGCCGGCGUCAAUGUUUUUACCACAAUUAAUGUUAGGAAAUGUUCUAAAAUCUAGUACUAACAUUCGAAAUUUCUUUAUU